AUCGCCAGUGUGCUGACCUAGUGGUGGCGGGCGCGUUGAAAGCGACAUCGACGCAUAAUAACAGUGGCAGGGAAGGUGGUCCGGCCGACUGCGCCGCCGGCCGCAGGACUUACAGUGCGCGCGCACCUCGCCAUGCGCACACGCUCGACACAUGGCGCGUCGCCUGGCGCUGCUGAUGCUGCUGGCGUGCGCGGCGGCCGCCCGCCACCCGCCGACACACUCCGCAGACAUCUCCGACUCCGAAUCGAUGGACCCUUUUUCCGUGUGGGACGAAUACGAAGACUCUUACGAAACCACCCCUGCGCCGCGGAGGCGUACUACCACCCUCAGUGCUAAAGUGUUACUCAAGGGGAAAAUCCCCAAAGUGAACGUGACUAUGAAAAACACUAAAGGUGAAGACAAAAAAGUAAUUAAGACAACUAAUAUUAAUAUAGAAAGUCAUACAAAUUUUAUAUCUAAACCACCAAUAGUGAAGCCCAAUGCAGUGACAGGAAUGCCAGUUCUUCAAAUAGGAGACCAAUAUGUGUUGAUGGAAUCUCCGGAGAUGGAGCAGGUGCCUCGGCCCACCACCAGACGUCCGGCGUCGACCCGGCGGCCGAGCACCACACGACGGCCCAGCCGGCGGCCGAACACCACACGGCGUCCGGCGUCCACCACGCGACGGACCACGACGCGCCCGAUGCGACGAACUACUAAAACAACCAAGUCACCAAAGAAAACUACUUGCCCACCCAAAAAUACAGGAUGGCUAACAUCAUUUUUCCAAGAAAAUAAAUUAAAGAAGGUUCCCGAGAAGCCAGCGAAAUCAGGUUGGUUUUUAGGUUUUUUUUCCUCGAUAUACAAAUGGAUAAUGGAAUCUAAGUCGUCGUGGUUCGACGGGAGCUGGUUUUCUGAUGACGCGACGCCUAAGAAGCCUGUUGCGACAACCAGUCCUCGGCCCCUGACUACUGCUCCGAGCAGCUGGUUCCAGACUCUGCUGGAUACUGAGGAGAAUGACGGCACGUACGUGGCCAGUGAUGUUACCAUAAAAAAAUCUGCAAAGAAGCCUCUUAAGAAGAACUACAAAGGUUUCCAGUUAAUUAGAACAUACCCCGACGUGCAGUGGAAGGUGCACGAGAUGCUGGACCUGCAGGAAGAGGCCCAGGGCUCCGGACUCAUGUGGUGGACGUCUCCGUCUCUCAACGGCUCCACCGACUUGCUUGUACCGCCCGACCUCCUCGGAGACGUCAAAGAUCAUCUCAAGUCGAAUAAUAUUGACUUCGAUGUUGUAAUUUGGGAUUUGCAGAAAGCGAUUACGUACGAGAAUCCACGAUUGUCAAAGAAACAGAGGCUUGAAUUGGAACAAUUACGUGGUCACCCCAUGACAUGGAGAAGGUAUCACCGAUAUGCAGACAUCCUGCGGUAUCUAGAGUAUCUACAGCACUCGCAUUCUGAUUUAGUGGAACUCAUACCUCUGGGUCGGUCAUCGGAAGGAUUACCACUUGUCGCAGUAAAGAUUUCUCUAGCAGGCAAUGACACAGCAAUAAAGGGGAAAGAGAAGAAGAAAUGGAAACUGCGUUCGCGCAUGAAGCCUGCAGUGUGGAUAGACGGCGGUUCACAUGCGCGAGAGUGGAUAGCACCAGCCGUCGCUACGUGGAUGAUACACGCACUCGUUGAAGGAGAGAAGGGCUUAGGCGCGGAUUAUGAGAUGCUCAAGCAAGCCGACUUCUACAUCAUGCCGGUGUUGAACCCAGACGGUUACGAGCACUCGCACACUCACGACCGGCUCUGGAGGAAAACACGUUCACGGCUGCCCGACCAUUCCGACGAUUACUACGUAGGAUGGUUUCCAUGGAACUGGGGCCAGACAGAAUGUGUGGGAGUCGAUGCGGAUCGCAACUGGGACUACCACUGGAGCGAAAAGGACUCGUCCCAGGACCCGUGCUCCGAUAAUUAUGCCGGACCGCACCCCUUCAGUGAGCCGGAGACACGAGCCGUUUCCGAGUUCUUAGCGGAACAUAGAGGACAGAUCAAGGUGUACGUUUCGUUGCACGCAUACUCGCAGGCAUGGCUGGUGCCUAGCUCACAUGCGCACGAGUCGUUCGCCGACGACGGCGUCCUCACAGAGAUGGGCAAGUUGGCCACCGCCGCACUUGCCGAUCUAUAUGGCACUAAGUAUCAAGUUGGUACAGCAGCUGAAAUACGACAACCAGCUUCAGGAAUGUCUCAUGAUUGGGCGAAGGCACGCGCUGGCAUCAAGUUUUCGUACCAUGUGGACCUCCGCGAUUCCUUCGGGCCAUACGGCUUUUUGCUCCCGGGCUCACAAAUAGUGUCCACAGCCCGGGAAACCUGGCAAGCUGUUAAAGCAAUUGUAGAUAACUUAUCACCAGGAUAAGUUAAAUUAAAUUAAGUAAAUUGAAAUUGUUUACGCCUCGCUAGUUGCUCAAUUAGAUGUUAGAUUAGUUCAUAGAAAUUAAACAAACCUUAUGUUCGAUAAAGUAACAGUAAAUAUUUAUUGCCAUAAUAUAAGCACUGACAAAAACCGUUGACAAAGUGACAAAUAAGGGAAUAAAAUCACUACGUUUCACUCAGUUUCACGCUAAACGGAGAAAACAUGGAAAAGGAUAUCCAUGUAACUAUCUACUGCCGUAUCUUAAAUGCAAAAAAUCUAUAAUGGUUAACCAGAACAUGAUUUUUCAGAUCCAUGUAUGUUCCUAGAUACAAAACUUAAUUUAACCCAGUUGUAUUAGAUUGGAUCCAUUAAAUUAGCUCAUAAGAAAAAGAUUUGCUCAAUUUAGUUUUUAAGUUCAAAAAAUACCUUAUGUGACAAAAAAGCUCAAUAAACAAUAAUUUAUUUAAGUACAUAAGAUGCCUUGUGGCAUCUGCAAGAAGUCCUUUUUUUACUAAAAAAGACCAUCUCCAAUCACGGCUGUCGCUGAUUUACCGAAAGCAAUAACGGUAACAGUAGGUGGUACAAGUACACGAUGUAGAUUAGACGAAGGUACAAAUAAACUUGAUAGUAAUGGGUUUCAGCAGAAAAUGAAAUAAAUGGAGAA